GAAAAUCAUCAGACCUACAAUGUUUCUUCUAUAUUCAACUUUUAUGUUCCCCGGUUUGUUUCCUGUCAGCAGUCUUUACCUCUGUGACCUCAAUACCCAACAGACCUUUGACAGAAAUGACCACUGAGCGGACGGAAAAGAAAAUCCCAGUGCAUUUAGUUCCCUUUGACCAGUUGAGAUAAAACCAUCAUGACCACAGCAUCAGGAACACCAAUGACUACGAUCGAAGAGUUUCGAUGUCGAGCGAAAGAGCUGUUAUCACCGGAAGGUUGGUCGUUUUAUGACGAUGCGUCGGGGCGGAGGACAACGUACAAUGAUAGCAUAUCUGCUUUUGAUCGUUACGUGAUUCGUCCUCGUAUCCUUCGUGACGUCACGCACCGUUUAUUGUCCACCACAGUAUUGGGUCAACCAAUCAGCAUGCCUAUAUGUGUAGCACCGGCAGAAGCCCAACGGUUCGCCCAUCCAUCUGCCGAAGCAGAAUCUGCGAAAGGAGCGGCCGAAGCUGACACCAUGUACAUUUUAUCAUGUCUAUCCAAUGCAUCCAUCGCCGAGGUUUCACAGGCAGCACCGAAUGGGUUACGAUGGAUGCAGCUAUAUCUCUUCACGGAUCUUCGGAUCUCUGAACACAUGGUCAAGGAGGCUGAGAAACAAGGAUUCAAAGCUAUCGUUCUCACAGUUGAUUUACCUCUUUGGGGAGACUAUUCAUUCUAUAAAUCUUCGCAUGCAACAUCUUCUUCAACAUCGAGAUACUAUGGAGAUCCAAGCCUGAGACCAGCAAAUUUACGUUUGGAUAUACCAAAAGUGCGUGAAGCUAUCCGUUCAGGUGAUGUCAACUUACGUCGUUACAUGGCUACAAAUUACGAAUCACCUAAAACAUGGGAUGACAUCAAGUGGCUCAAGUCAAUCACAUCACUCCCGAUUGUACUUAAGGGUAUCCUGACAGGUGAGGCUGCUAGGGAAGCAGCCGAUGCUGGUGUUUCUGGGAUCAUCGUAUCAGCUCAUGGUGGAAGACAAAUGGAUGGAGUCCCUGCUCCGUUAGACGUCCUACCAGAAGUUGUAUCAGCUGUCAAAGGUCGUGGUGUUGAGGUUUACAUGGAUGGAGGGGUUCGAUCAGGAACCGAUGUCCUCAAAGCUCUAGGAUUGGGAGCACGGGCUGUACUGAUCGGUAGACCAGCACUCUGGGGACUAGCUUGUGAUGGUGCUAAUGGAGUCAAAAAGGUAUUAUCGAUCUUACGGUAUGAAUUGGACUCUGCAUUGGGCAUUUCAGGUUGCACCAAUGUCCAAGACAUUCCGUCAUCAUUGAUAGCUCGAAAAUCUUACCUCUGAAUGUCUGCCGAACUCCUUCCAUGGAAAGAUCCCGACCACCAUCAAGAAUAUACUAGAAGCAUGAUCAAGCCUUUAAUUACCGAUCCGCAGAAUCGGAAUUAUUUAGUCAAGAUUAUUUGCAAUAUAUAUCCCAAUUCCUCACACUAUAGGAACAUUACCCACAUCAUCGCCUCGCCAACACUCACCUACACAAUGCACACACACUCAUAUACACACCCGCAUAAAAAAUGGAGUUGUAUUUUAUUCAUUCAUUUUACCACGGUUAAAAAGCCUGCUUUUAGCCGAAAGCUGCUUUUACAGCAAGACCGUGAACAAUUACUGAAUGCAAAUAAUAAAAAAAUGAAAAU